GCCGCAGUAUGAACUCAGUCUCAAAAUCAACGAAACUUCCAGUAGGAAAAGGAAACCACCGCGCCACGCCUUCCGCAAAAUCCCACAUAAAACCCGUAACAGAGAGUAGUUCAAUCGUCGCAGCAAAAACCGUAUAGCUUGCCUUCUUCACACUCCAAUUAACCCCCGUCCGUCCGUCCCAUAACAGAAGUGACCCAGAAAAAUGGAUCAGAUCCCAAUAGCCUACAGAUCGCUGGACCCAGCGGUGCCAGAAUGGCUAAACAAAGGCGACAACGCCUGGCAGAUGACGGCAUCCGCCCUCGUCUCCAUCCAGAGCAUGCCGGGACUCGUAAUCCUCUACGCCAGCAUCGUGAAGAAGAAAUGGGCAGUCAAUUCGGCCUUCAUGGCGCUCUACGCCUUCGCCGCCGUCCUAAUUUGCUGGGUCCUGCUCUGUUACCGGAUGGCCUUCGGCGACGAGCUCUUGCCCUUUUGGGGGAAAGGCGCCCCUGCUCUCGGCCAGAAGUACCUAAUCCGUCGAGCCAUCGUCCCCGAGAGCCGGCACCGACAGGAGGACGGGACUUACCACGUCGCCGAGCCGUUUUACCCCAUGGCGACUUUGGUCUACUUCCAGUUCACCUUCGCGGCGAUCACGAUGAUUCUGCUCGCCGGCUCUGUUUUGGGGCGGAUGAAUAUUCGGGCAUGGAUGGCUUUCGUCCCGCUCUGGCUCGUCUUUUCUUACACGGUUGGAGCUUUUAGCCUGUGGGGCGGCGGGUUCCUUUACCACUGGGGAGUAAUUGAUUACUCCGGCGGCUACGUCAUUCAUCUCUCCUCCGGGAUCGCCGGUCUCACUGCCGCUUACUGGGUUGGGCCGCGGCUGAAAGCGGAUAGGGAAAGGUUCCCGCCGAACAACGUCCUGCUGAUGCUCGCCGGCGCGGGGCUUCUGUGGAUGGGGUGGUCGGGGUUCAACGGUGGGGCGCCUUACGCGGCGAAUAUCGACGCCUCGCUGGCGAUUCUGAACACGAAUGUAUGCGCGGCGACGAGCUUGCUGGUGUGGACGUCGCUGGACGUGGUGUUCUUCGGGAAGCCGUCGGUGAUCGGAGCCGUGCAGGGGAUGAUGACGGGGCUUGUUUGUAUUACUCCCGGCGCAGGGUUGGUGCAAUCGUGGGCGGCUAUUGUGAUGGGAAUUCUUUCUGGUAGCAUUCCGUGGGUGUCAAUGAUGGUUCUCCACAAGAAGUCAGCACUGCUACAGAAGGUAGACGACACACUAGGCGCGUUCCACACCCACGCGGUGGCGGGGCUAUUGGGCGGCCUGCUGACGGGACUCCUAGCCGAGCCGGAGCUGUGCGAGCUCAUCCUUCCGAUCAAAACCAGGGGAGCAUUCUACGGCGGCAAUGGAGGUGUCCAGUUCCUCAAGCAAAUCGUAGCGGCGCUCUUCGUAAUAGGCUGGAACGUGGUUUCCACCACCCUCAUACUUCUGGCCAUUAGGUUGUUCAUCCCUUUGCGAAUGCCCGAGGAUCAGCUAGCCAUCGGCGACGACGCCGUUCACGGCGAGGAAGCUUAUGCACUUUGGGGAGACGGCGAGAAGUUCGACCCUACUAAGCAUGGCUGGAAUACCGGUGCCAAUUAUGCUGAAGACAUUGCACCCUCUCCCUAUAUCAACGGUGCUAGAGGCUUGACAAUCAAUUUGUAAGGUGAAAGAACAUAUAUAUUUUUUGAGGGUUUUUGUAUGUAUUCAGGGUUAUAUCUAUUAUAUAUAGUAUUAUAUCAGUUGGUUCGACAGCUGUUUUGUGGACAACUAGUCAUCGGCCCGCAAAUUGGAACAUCAGAACCCAACCAACAGUGUUUGUUAUCUAGUCCGUCGCCUAAAACAGUAACAAUAUACCUCACACAAGUGAAUGAUCGCAAUGAUGGAUCUUACAGCAAAAUGGCAGGCAGUUUCUUCGUAAACUUGUUUCGGCAGAACCAGUAAAAAGGAACCAAGAAUGACACCUUCUGAAGAUGGUAGGAGUGUUAUAUGCUGUUCAGAGAACUAUAUAUGUCCAAACCUUUCGUUGGCAGGAGUAGUUGAGAAGGGCUCCUUUGUUUACCUAAUCAAACCUUUCCCAGUCCUCGGUGAUGGCAGUUGAAGAAGAUGUCCCCGGCGGUGGUGGCGUCAAGCUUCCCAUUCCAGAGUCAAACGUUUCCCAAUCAGUCGUCACGGUGGCAACAUUGACGUUUGUGUUGACUGGCUUCGCAUUUGUUGCCUUCAAGUUGUCCAGCAGCUCGUGGAAAUUCUGGAUUCGCCGCACCUGCAGUAAUGUUCAAACAAGUUUAACACCAGCAAUCUUAGUACCUCGUACCUUUCAGUCACAGACAGUUGGCGUCUCGUCUCUGGUUGAUCAAAUAACAAAUCUCUCGAUGGACAACAACCUUACGAUUUCAAAUUUCUACUACUCAAAAUAUGAUAGCCGAACGUUUAUGUGACCAUCUAGUUAUUUGACCAUUAUUCACUUGUUUUAGUAAGUUUUCUACAAUCUCCCACUCUUACUAUUAGGCUGAAUCAAACAUAGGCAGAAUA